AUGGGCAAGGGGACAGACAAGCUAUACAUCACCCACUCGGAGUGGUCGUCAGCCGACGCCUACUCGGCCAGUGUCGGCGCAAACGCCUCGUCGCGCGGCGAUACAUCUACGCCCUUUCGUCGUCUGCCCUUCAACUUCUGUGCCGCAAGUCUCCAGCCCUUCAAGAACCCGGUGUGCACCCCCGACGGCACAGUCUUCGACGUUGAGGUCAUUGGCGCCUGGCUGGAGAAGCAUCCGGGCCAGAACCCUGUCGACGGCAGCUCUCUGAGCAAGAAGGACUUGAUCAAGCUCAACUUUUCACGGAACUCAUCCACGGCCGCGGUCGAGUCCAGCGACAACGCAGACGGUAGCGGUGGUGGCGAUUUGGUCGACCCUGUCACUUACAAAGUCUUCACCGACAACACGCACAUUGUCGCCAUCCGCCAUGGUACCUAUGCCAACGUCUUUGCCGCCGACACGGUCGAGCGCAUGAACAUCAAACCGAAGCUGUGGCAGGACCUGGUCGAUGACCAGCCUUUCACACGCGCUGACAUCAUAACCCUGCAGGAUCCGCAGAACGUCUCCAGCCGCAACCUCGGCCACUUCAAGUACUUGCAGGACGGGUUGGACGCCCAGCUGACAAAGGAGCAAGAGAAAGCCCGCCGUGAGGGCGACAUCAACGCUGGAGCCCUGGGCAGCAUGGGCGACAAGGUUCUCAAGGCCAAGGCGGCUGUAGAGAGGGCGCGCAAGGCCCGCGAGUCUGGUGCCGCCGACGUCAACAGGAGCUCAAGCGCUCUCGCAAAGCAGUCGCCCGCGCAGACGGUGGUGGCAGCGCAACAGGCGGCCAAAAUCCAGGAGAAGAAGAAUAAGUUGGCAGCGAACUCGGCCAUGUACACGACCGGAAAGGCAGCAGCCAGUUUCACGAGCACAGGUCUGACGCCCGAGACGAGCGGCGAGCGGGCCGUCCUGUCGGAGGAGGAGUACAUGCUCAAACCUCGACGGGUACGCAACAAGGGAUACGCCCGAAUGGAGACCAACCUAGGCGAUCUGACCCUCGAGCUGCACCCGGAGUUCGCCCCGAAAGCCGUGUGGAACUUUGUCCAGCUCUCAAAGAAGGGCUACUACCGCGGCGUCAGCUUCCACCGCAACAUCCCCAGGUUCAUGAUCCAGGGCGGCGACCCGUCGGGCACGGGCAAGGGCGGCGUUAGCAUAUGGGGUAAGUACUUCAACGAUGAGUUCGACGGCCCCUUGACGCACAACGCCCGCGGCACAAUGUCUAUGGCCAACAAGGGCAAGAACACCAACUCGAGCCAGUUCUUCAUCACCUACAAGGCCACGCCGCACCUCGACCGCAAGCAUACCGUCUUCGCCACCGUCAUCGAAGGGCUCGACACCCUGACUAAGAUGGAGGCUACGCCCGUCGACGGCACGACCAACCGCCCCCUCCGCGACAUUACAAUUUCCGACGUGGUCGUCUACGUGGACCCCUUUGAGGAGUUCCAGAAGCAGAGGGACCACCAGGACCGCCAAGAGCAGGAGGCCGCCGAGAUCAAGAGGCAGGGCGGCACAGAAGACGACAGGACCACCUGGACGGGGAAGAAGAUCCGAAAAGACGGAACCGUGGACGACUCGGCUUCUGGUAUCGCGGUGGGAAAAUACCUCCACUCCGAGUCAUCAAAAGCAGCACCGGAAACAUCAUCAUCGCUGUCUCGUAAGUUGCCUGCCAGUACAGACCCAUGGGAUCAACAGACUCCUGCUCGGAAAAAGAUGAAGGGUCAUGGCGGGUUUGGCAACUUCGAUAGCUGGUAA